GUUGUUAACCCUUUCGAAGACCGAAGAACACAAUAUUCUUCGUCUACAUCAUUCAUUCUAGGGUUAUCUCUAACAGUCGCUGAAGACAACAUUCUCCUUCAUUCUAUCUAUUUAAAUUGCCUACAGGGAAAUGAGAUCUAUGGAUUGUAUCGGUCUUGUAGCUGAUAAGUUCUGCAUUCUACUAACGCGUGAAGACACUGUGGCUAAUAAAUUGAAUGUUCCCAUUAAAUUCUGCUCAAAGUACAGUAAUUUGUUACAUGAUGAAAUGGAACUCCAAUUGCGUAAUGGCUAUAUCUUACCUGUUCAAAUUGAUUUAGUGAGUUCAGAAAUGAUGGGCCUUCUCUGUUUUUUCAAGCAUUUUGACUUGAAAGGUGGGGAGUAUAUGAUUUUUGAGUACUUUGGACGUUUUAAGUUCAAUGUUUAUAUAAUUGGUAGUGAUGGUUCGGAGAUUCGAUACCCGGAAAUGAACAAUUGUCUACCUGCAAUAGUUACAAUAGGCGAUGGUGGUUGGCGUUUUGUCAAAUUUCGUGUUGAGGGUGAUGGGGUCAUCGAUGAAAUUGAUCCUCCUGUUGGGUUCAUUGAGCGUUGUGGUUUUGCUUUGCCUGAUCGUAUAAUAUUUGUUUUGAGUAAUGGAAAGAAGUUUGCUGGUUCAUAUAAUCGUGAGUCUGGCUGUUUCAGUGGUUUGAGUUCUAUGUUUCGUAUAUUAGGAAUAGAGAAUUUGAAAGGUGUGAGCAAGUUCUUAUUUACUUAUGAUGGGACAGAAGUUGUUUCAAUCUGUGCAUUUGAUUCAGAAAACUAUGAGAUUGUGUUCCCAGGAACACCCCUUGAUUUUGAUGCUGAUGGUUAUGAUCCUAUAAUUGGCAAAUUUUUCAGGGUGACGGCGGAAAGUAAGCAUAUGUUUGACGACUCCUUCCGAGUUGACAUUUCUAAUGAGUUUGAUGACCUGUGUUUGGAGUGGCCGGCCUGCCAUUGUAUUAAUGUAUAUUCUGGUAGUGCAUGUUGGAGGCUUCUAAUACGCCGAAGGGAAGACUCCCAUUGUUCCACAAUUGUAGAUGGUUGGCAAAAGUUUCGUGAUGAUCUGGGGCUGAAAAUUGGCCAUGUUUGUGUAUUCCAAUGCCCUUACAAAUCUUAUGACCAGUUUAGGAUUCGAGUUUGGAUGAAUAAUGAAGACUACUAAAUAUUGUAGUUGUUUUCUGUAUUAUGCCUUUAUCAGAAUUGUAGUAUUUGUGU